AUGUCAACAAAAGAAGCACAAGAUCAAUUAAAGCGUGAAGGCGAAGGCGCCCUGUCUACUUCCGAAUACUGGGACAAGCGCUACGCGCAAGCCGAUGGCGAAAAUGCGACACACGAAUGGUUCCGCUCUUUCUCUGCUUUGCUGCCGUUCUUACAAAGCAAUCUCUUCGAUGCGCGACCUGUAGAGCAGAAGCCCAAAAUUUUGCAUUUGGGUAGUGGUGAUAGCGUGAGUGAAUCACACAAGGAAGAUGUAAGUCGAAGCGAUGCUGAUGCAUGGACAGNNACGAUUCCUUAUGAUCUUUCUGCACGAGGAUACAAGGACCAGCUUUGUGUGGACUUCUCGCAUAAAGUUGUCGAUGUCAUGUCAGCCAAAGAAGACGAUGGUAUUACGUGGGGUUGGGCCGAUAUCCGCGAUAUGCCUCAACAUAGCAGCAAGAGUAUCGAUGUUGCGUUCGACAAGGGCACUAUGGAUGCCAUGAUUCACGGCAGUCCUUGGUCUCCUCCUGAUGAUGUAAAGGACAAUACAUCACGGUACUUGACAGAAGCAAGUGACAGACUCCAUGCACGUAAUAGAGCAAAGUUUCUAACAAACGGCAGGNUCCAUCGCAUCUUGAAAGACGACGGAGUAUUCCUCUAUAUCACAUUCCGACAGCCGCAUUUCAUUCGUCCGCUAUUGAGCGUCGACAAUCUCUGGAGCCUCAAGAUGGAAACCUUGUCAGCCGGCGAGAGCUCUUUUGACUACUAUGGCUGGGUACUUACAAAGAAUACUGCUGCAUCCGCAUAA